CUACCUAAUCAGCAGGGAGCCGCAGGGUGAGGAGGUGUGAGGGAGACAGCCAGCAGUGAAGAUGACCGGGCAGACCGAUGUCGAGAUACCGGAAACAGGAGCCAUCUUCACAUUUGGAAGGACCAGCUUUGCUGAUAAUGUUCCCAGCAAGUUCUGGCUGAAGAAUGACCAUCCAAAGCACAUGUCAUGUGGCGGAGAGCACUCUGCUGUUAUCACAGAAAAUGGGAGGUUGCUGAUGUUUGGUGGCAACACGUGGGGCCAGCUGGGGUUGAGAUUUAAGCCUAGUGCCAGGAAACCAAUCUCUGUGAAAGCCUUGAAGUCUGAGAAGGUGAAGCUUGCAGCUUGUGGGAGAGACCACACAAUUGUUUGCACAUUUCAUGGCAGUGUAUACAGUGCAGGUAGCAACCAGGACGGGCAGCUGGGUUUGGGCCAUUGUGACAAGUCUGCAUACUUUCACCUGCUCCGCCCCUUCUGCGACUGGGCACCAAUCAAAAUGCUUUCUGCAGGAUGCAACACCUCAGCUGCCUUAACAGAGGAUGGGAGGCUGUUCAUGUGGGGGGACAACUCUGUGGGUCAGAUUGCUUUCGGGGACGAGGGAUUUGCCGCAGAACCCAGAGAGGUCCACGUUGGAGAAGCAGUCAUAUGGGUGUCCUGUGGGUACAAGCACUCAGCUUUUGUGACAGUUUAUGGUCGUCUCUACACGUUUGGUGAGAGUGCAAAUGGAAGACUCGGUCUUCAGGAGGAGCAGCUGGCCAAUCACAGAGUUCCUCAGCAGGUGCAGGGAGUCCUGGGUCAUGUCACCCGAGUGUGCUGUGGAGGAGAGCACACAGUGGUCCUCACAGAGAAGAACGUGUACACAUUCGGCAGGGGUCAGUACGGUCAGCUGGGCCACGGAACAUUUCUGUUUGAGGUUCAUUUGCCAAAAGCGCUGCAGCACUUUUGUAACAGCAAGGUCAGACACAUCGCGUGUGGAGAGAACCACACCGCUGUGGUCACAGACAGCGGGCUGCUGUACACGUUUGGUGAUGGUCGUCAUGGAAAACUCGGGUUAGGGGAGGAAAACUUCAUCAACCAGUUCAGCCCAACACUCUGCACACGUUUUCUUCAGUACGCUGUUCAGUCAGUGUCCUGCGGUGGUCACCACAUGCUGGUCCUGGCUACACCCAGGCCAGCAGAGAGCCAAGAAGUGGUGCCAGAGAAGGAUGUCUUAAUCACAGACUACUUUCUGGAGUCAGUUUUUACCAAAAACAUCUUUAAAAACAAGUUCAUCAAUCCAACUCCACCAUCACCACUCUCAGCCCUCUCAGCCCGGGCACGCCACCGAGACAGAGUUCGUUCUGUGGAGUUGUUUGGGGAUAAGUUUCAGAGCCUCCCACGGCUUAACUCUGACUUUCUCAACACAUCUCGGCAAACAUCCAGAAAUUCCCUAACUCUGAAAACCCUUUCAAAGGAUGCUACUACCCCUUCAUCAUCCCCUAAACCAAAAUCAGAGGUGACAGGAAGCCCACUUCUCUCCCCCAGAUCUCGAUCCAUAUCCCCUCAGAGUCCACUGUUAUCCUCUAAGGCAUCAAGCCCACAUUCACAAUCAUCAUUCACGCUUCAAAGUAAAGCAUCCACGUCUGCUUCUUCUAAGUCUAAAUGCAAAAAGGUGCCCUCUCCUUUGCUUUUACCAAAGUCUAUAACAAAAUUAAACCCCAGCAGUCCUGUAGCUACUAAAAUGACUGCAAAGCCUAGACUAAACCGAGCAGCAGCCACUAAGAAGCCUCUAAGUAACAAAUUCUCAUCUCCUGUGCCACCUAAAGAGCCCUACACCCCGACUAGACCCCCCAGUAAUGUUUUCAUUAAAAAUCUAAAGGAGGAAGAACAUCCUGCCCCAACACAAACAGAAAAUGUUAAGAGACAAAUAAUCACUGAAGAAGUGGAGGAGAAAGAAGACUUUUCACCAUAUAUGGGAAAGAAAAAGGGCAGAGCUUUUAGACACGCAGUAAAGGAAGCAGAACCAUUUGCACAACAGAUCCAGACCAACGAGAAGACCGACCGAAACUCCCAUAAGGUUUUGCCAACAGAGCUUAUGAAGGGCCCCAGCACCUUGAAGACAGAAGUGUCUCCUCUGAAGAGCACAAAGAAAAAUCACAAAGUGACUUCGAACAGCAAAGAGAACAUCACCAAGGAGUCCAGCAACAUCAAACCUUCAGAAAACAGGCAAGCUCAAAAGCAGCUCCCGCAUUUUAAAUCACCACAUAGCACAAAAACACAACAGACGCUGACAGAUGCACAGGAAAGAGUGACUGAAGUGAAGCACAAGACGAGGAAAACUGAGGAUUUGAGAGAAAGUAAUAAACCGAAUGAAGAGGAUAACAGCUCUCUGAAGAAAGGCUUGACAAGGACCCCAAAAAAGGAGACAAAGAAAUCAUCAUCUUUAGAUCCGAAAUCUCCUUCUAUCAAGGUCAGUAAAGUGAAUCAAGCAGCCAGUCUAGCAUCCACAGAAAAUGCCGUAAAGGAAAAUGAAGCAACUCAGAGGAGAAGUGAUGACGUCAAACCUGUUGAAGUGGCAAGUCGGAGGACACGGCGAGUCAAAUCGACUCUAACAAAAGAUCAGCACAAGGUUAAAUCUGUACCAGGAGUGGAUGCUAAAUUGCCAGCAGCACAGGAAGAAAACACAACACCUUUUAAGGCUGAAACCAAGAAAUCUGUCUCCAGAAAAACACCAUUGCAAGUUAAGGGAAAAUUGCAAGAGCUUAAACCAACAGCAGUCAAGGAUCAAAGUAAAUGUGCAGAAAAUCCCCUCAUUGAAGGUGAAAGCAAAGAAAAGUGUGAGGAAAAUGAGUUAAAAUGUGCCAAAGACACCACUCUGAAGAUGAAAGGUGGAACUGUGGAUGAGCAGAAAUUGUCAAAAAUAAAGGACAAAAAGACGGCAAAGGAAUCUGGUGCUGAACAGAGGGCAAAAACAAAACGAAGAGGAGGAGGCAAGGAAGAGGAAAUCCGAGUUAAAGGUGAGGGGGAUGUUGACUCUGAGAAUAAGAUGAAGGCUAAACCAAAGAGUGAAGCUUCCAGCCUGCUGUCAUCUCAGCAGGAUACUCCUACAGAAGUGAGAGGUAACCCAAUUUCCCCUCAAAGCCCAGAGGUGGAUUCUCUCAGAGCUGCAAAACCCCUGCAAGGCGCUGAGCCUGUUGUUAUGGAUUCCCGUGUUUCUGAAACAGAUGAAGAGGACACUCGGGGCAAGAAUGGGGGAAAAACAAAUUGGGGAGAAAUUCUCAGUAAUUCAGCGUCGCUUCUUCCAGUUGCUGGGAUUGCAGGUGCAGCUAUUGAGGUCCUUUGUGAGGCAGUUACAAGUGUGCAGUCUGACAGUGACAAAGCCACCUCGACACCCUCUAAAACGCUCAGUAAAGUCAGACAAUUCACGAAGCAGAGUGCAGUUACGGAGCCGUCCUUGUGCUCCACAUUGUCACAUUUUUCUUCCUCGAAUGAAACGGAGGAUGGCCUGAAGACAGAUGCUCAAGCUGGUGUUCCAUCGGAAUCUGUAAAUGAAUCCCAAGAAGGAGAAAAUGAUGACAGCAGUCGUGAUCCAUCAGAGGGGGAGGCAGUGAAAGGGGGCCUGUCUGAGCAGAUCAGGGGUGAACACAUGGAAGAUUCACAAAAAGAAGUGGAGGAGAAAUCCGACAAGGCAUCUGGAGAGGAUGAGGAUUCUGAGGAUGGGGGAAAGAAUGAAGAUGAAGAUGUAGAGAGUGGAAGUGAUAGUGAAGAUAAAAGGGAAGAAUGUGAGAGUAGCAGUGAGAAAGAAACAGGAGAGGAGAGCAAUACUGGAGAGGGAGAGGAAGAUAAUGUAUCUGAGGAAGAAGAGGGUGAGGAGAAAACAAGCAGGAGUGAUGAAGAUGAAGGAAGUGAUAAAACUAAUGCUGCUGAAACUGAAGGAGAGAAAGAAAGCAGUAAGAAGACAAGUGACGGAUUGAGUGACUCUGAUGUGAGUGAAGGAGCUGAGGAGGAAGAGGAGGAAGGUGAAAAUGAAGAGUCCAGUGAUGAAGGGAGUAUAGAGGAUAAAGAGGAAGAGAGCAAGAGUGAGGAUGAAGAGAAGAAAAGCGGUGAUGAAUCAGAGAGCGAUGAGUGCACGAACCGAGAGUCAGAGGAAGAGGAGGAGGACGGAGAGGAAGGAGACACUGCAGAAUCUGCCAAAACUGAAGAAGAAGAAAAUGAUGAAGAUGAAGAGGGCGAAACUGAGGAACAAAAUGAUGCCUCCACAGAAAAUGAGGAUGAGGAGAAGGACUCGGUGGAAGAUGAAGAGGCAGAUAAGAGUGAAGGAGAGCAAGACAGUGAUAAGGGAGAGGAGGAAGAAGAUAGCGAGGCUGAUGAAGAGGAACUCCAAGAUGACAAAAGUGAUGAAGAGGAAGAAGGAGGUGAGGAAAGGGAAGAAAGUGAGUCCGUAGGUGAUGGGGAAGCUGAGACAGAAGAUGGAGAGGAUGAGGACAAAGAAGAGAGUGAGGAGGAGGAAGAGUCUGCAGAAGAGGAAGAGAAGGAGGAGGAUGCAGGGGAUGAAGACACAGAAGCUGAGGAAGAAGAGGAAGAGAAGGAGGAGGAUACAGGGGACGAAGACAUAGAAGCUGAGGAAGAAGAGGAAGAGAAGGAGGAGGAUACAGGGGAUGAAGACACAGAAGCUGAGGAAGAAGAGGAAGAGAAGGAGGAGGAUACAGGGGACGAAGACAUAGAAGCUGAGGAAGAGAAGGAGGAGGAUUCAGGGGACGAAGAAACAGAAGCUGAGGAAGAAGAGGAAGAGAAGGAGGAGGAUACAGGGGACGAAGAAACAGAAGCUGAGGAAGAAGAGGAAGAGAAGGAGGAGGAUACAGGAGACGAAGAAACAGAAGCUGAGGAGGAGAAGGAGGAUACAGGGGAUGAAGAAGAAGAAGCUGAGGAAGAGAAUGAAAAACAGACAAGGCUAAGAGGACAAAGGAAAGACAUGAAAGGUAAUGAUGAGGAAACUGAUGAUGAAGAUGAGGAUAGUGAGGAAGAGGGUGAUGAAGAAGAAAGGGAUGAAGAGAAUAAGGAAAAGGGAAAUGAGAAGCAGGAGGAGGAGGAGGAGGCAGAAGAAGAGGGAAUUGAGGAAGAGGAAGAAGGAGAUGAAAAUGAAGAAGAGGAGGGGGAGAAUGAGGAAGAAGAAGAGGAAGACCAAGCAAAAUCAGCAAAGAAAAAAAAAGAGAAGCGACAGAAACCGCCACCAGACAGAAGCAGCAAACAGAAAGAAGCACCCAAACCAGCACCGAGGACCAGGCAGAGAGCUGCAGGGGGGGCGAAAGCUGAGGACUCUCAGCAGUUCUGGAACGACGUCCUGCCUCAAUACCUAGACCUGCAGUGACCACGCCCACAGUGAAGCCACACCCACAAAAAUCUCAGCUAAACACGAGCUUCGUCUGACGUUAUUCUUUAUGCUCUGAAAACACAUAACAAUUGUGUCUAAGCACUUUUUAAAAACCCUUACACUGUCCAAGGCAGUCAAGUCAUUUAUACUACAAUCUAAGUUUUGUCAAGAACUAUUUUCAUGUGCGUAUUGAUACCCAUGUGGUGCUCUGUGUAGAACAACACUAAAGUGGUGUAUUUGGGACUACCUUUGUCAGGAUCCUGGGUCUCCUGACCCAGCGUUUUUAGUUCUUUGUGAUUUUUGUAUUUUGUACUCGUGUGAUUUAUUCUAUGGUUUCUAGUUUUGAUCCCUUGCCCUUCAUGUUUCUCUGUGCCCCCUCUGUUCCGUGUAAGUCUCUGUGUUUCUUAGUUGCUGUCUCCACCGUGUCAAGUUCGCAUCUCUGUGUUAUACUUCCUGUUUUACUUUGAAGGUCUGUGUCUUAUGUGAAUGUGUCCUGCUUUGCUUCCUUGUCUCGUCAGUUCUGAUUUCUCCCAGCUGUGCCCUCCUUCUGUGUCCCAUUCCCCUCGUUACUUCCCAGUGUAUUUAAACCCUGUGUUUCUUUGAGUCAGUGUUGCGUUGUCCCUCAAGCUGUGUGUUUCCUCGUGUGCCUCUCUGUAAAUUGUAGUUCAUAUUUUCCCCAGUUUAGUUUUGUAUGACUUCCCCUGCCAGCAAAUAAAGCUGUGUUCUUUGUGUUUAAAGCUCGUGCCUGAGUGCCUGCAUUUUGGGUCCAACUCCUGCCUUCCACACAGCGCUUCUUGACAACCUUAGCUUAAACCUUAGCUUGAGGGCACUGAAGCCAAAAUGUGAACACAUAGACUUGACAUGACUUAACUGUUUUGCGAAUUUGCUUAUUUUGCACAUGAGAGUGACAUUAAUAUUUAUAAAGAAAACACACUGAGAAUGGCAUAUAAUAAUAAUAAUGAUAUGGAGGUACGACACACUAGGUUCCAAAGAAGCUCAAAAGCUUCAGUUGUUGAAACAAAUGAACGUUUAAGAUAACACGAUAAUGUUCAUUGGACACAUAUAUUUCCAGGGUUCAGUGUAUCUAAUUACGCUGCUAUACUCACGAGUCACUUUAAUAGGCACACUUGGAUGGAUGUAUAGCUAACAAACUGUGAGAUGCCUUCAUGUCAAUGUGGAUCAAAAUCUCUGAGGAAUGCCAUGAAGACAGUCAUUAGCAAAUGUACCUAAAGUAUCUGGUGAUGGUAUGUUGUUUUCAGAUAUUGUCUUAACCCUAAACAGAGUGUUUAUGUAUUUAUUAUAGAGCCUUGAAUUGAAUACUGUAUAAUUUUCUAAUGUAUAUCUAGGCUCCAGUCUUCCACCUGUUCUGAUGAAUGCAUAUAAAUUACUGAAAACAGCUUUUUUAUGAGUCAGUUAUUUCAGAAUAUUUCAUGUUUGUCAAAACAAGUCCACAUAUUACGUUUGCAGCCAAAGUGUACAAUGAAGUACUGAAACAUGUCACACAGAAAUAGGAGAAAACUUGUGUUCAUCACAGUGUAGUUAAUAGUGUACCAAUGGUGACUUCAAAUUAGAGAAAGCAUUUUGAUGUUUGACUUUUGUCAAACAUGUGUGAGUGUUGUUUUUAAGACAAAAACAUCAUUCAGUUGGGCUUAAGUUAAAUAUGCACACAUAUUUCUGUUUUAAGGCUCUUCAGACAUGCUCCACUACAUUAACCAGCUGUGUCUGUUAUCUGAUGCUGAACAGGGUUUUUACAGUGGGGUUUUCAGAGCACUUUAAUUAAAAACUGCUGCCUGCUGCAGAUUAAAAUGAGUCAUAUGAGAGUAAAAUGAGUAAUUUGUGGCC